CUCUCCCUCCGCUGUCAGAAGGCAGGAAGUGAUCUCUCUUAUCAGGAAGAAGGAAGCGGAAGUGAGUUGUUUGCGUUCCAUGACUCUCUCCUGGUUUGGCGCCGACUGAUGAGAUCUGGGGGGACUAGCGGGCUCUACAAAAUUCAAAGUGUGGCGAUUGAGAACAAUAUAAGAAGUGCGGUCUGUAUUGUAAAGGGUGACAUUUCCGCAGGAGAUAUAUGAUUAUCAUUCUCCAGUUGUUCUCUGACCGACUUUCGCCGCUAAUAGCGAUUCAUUGGAAAACGCAGUGUUUCCAUUACAACUGGGAGAGGAGAGCUGCUCACCUCUGUGGUAUAAGCACUGCUGCCAUCGGCGACUGCAAACCGGGAGAGGGCCAACCACAGAAACAAUAGGUCUUAAAUCGUGAGACUGUAAGAGAAAACAUGUCAAGAAACAAGAGCUCAGUGGGGAAGAAGAGUAAGAAGCAGAGAAGCGCGGCUUUUGAGCUGGCGUCAAGGACAGUGGAACUGAGGCGCAGGGAUCAGAGGUUAAAGACGGCAUCCAGGAAAAAAAGCUUAUUUAGAGAAAAUGUUGAGGCCAGAGACCUACCAGGAAAGGGAAAAGAAAGGGACGGCAAGAAAAGGAAGUCUGUCCAGUUAACACAAACCACUUUGGAUUCCUUCACCGUUUUGAAGCAGGCAGAGGAAGCUCUUCAGGGCGAUAUUUCAGAAGAAUCUUUUAAUCCUCCAUUACAUAGCACUGCUGUGUAUACUGAAGAUGAAGAGCUACUGGAGAAAAGUAAGGCUUCUUCACAAAAGUCAGCCAGCAGGGCAUCUUCAGGCCCAGAUGUCAGUCAAGAGAAAAGUGGGCGAAAAAAUCGCAGUGCACAGAAGAAUAAAACUGCUGCCUCAGAGUGCCGCUCAUUAACACCAAGGAGUGUGCCAGAAAAAAAACAAAAGACUCAACAAAAAACUGCAACAUCUGCAAGAGAUUUGGAGGCUUCUGGAAAAGGUGGACCAGAGCCUGAAGAAGAAGAAGAAACUGGGUCAAACCAACAGACUCCCCCUGCUGAACAGGCCACAGAUAAGAAGACUUACGAGAAGACAAAGCCUAAAGUUAAAGGAAAGAAAUCGCCUAAGAAAAAGGAAUCAAACAAAUCAAAGCAAAAAGAAAAAAUACAGCUGACUGUUUGGAGCCCAGAAGAUGCACCUUUAACUGCCAAAAAUGUAAAUGAACUUGAUGUCAUACUAUUUGAGAGUGAGAGUUUGGUUAACCAUUAUAGGGAAUCUAUUGAUGGUGCGUGUAGAAAAGCAGUGGAUAAUUUUUUUCUCAGUUAUAAAGAUCAACUAACUGCAGCUAUAAGAAAUGUGCGAAUGCUUAAAGAUAUGAAAAGAAAAAAUGCAAAGGCGCGACUAGAAAUUGGAAGAAAACAAAAACGCUUGAUUGUAGUGAAAGAUGAGAUUAUUAAGAAACAACCAAGACUUAACCAGCUACAGAGGGAAUGUUCAGAACUAGAGGAAAGACAGAAAUCCAUCGUGAAUGCCAAAACCUUCCUAGACAACCUUGGGCAGCUACAGGAGGAUUACAGGAAGUGCAGGGAUAAAAAACCCAGUGCCAAGGAAACUUAUGGAUUAUCCAGUCUACCAGCUCUUAUACUACAAGCACAAAGCACUAUGAGAGCCGAGCAACAUUUCCACAAUGUGAACGCACAGCUGCAGAACGCACAGGCAUAAGGAAAGUGAAGGGCACAGUACAGAGGACAUAAAGAAAAUACUUUUAUAUUAUAGGUUCUAUUUAUUUCAUUUUUUUUUUUUUAACUCCCGUCUUUCAUUUUGCUUGUAGUUUGCACACUUUGUCAAAGCUAGCAUAGUUGUUUGGAUACUUUUUGUAAAGUUUUCUGUUCUUUUUCUUUUGAAAUGUACUAAUUCUUUUUUCAAUAUUUUUUUGUUCCUUAUGAAUAAAAGAGUUGAGUAAUAAAUAUUUAUAAUAA